AUGUCGUCCGUAUACGAAGAACAGUCUGGUCAAGUGCUGCUAACGGAGCCCUUUUCACCAAGUUCGAGUGAGACUUUGUCUCCUCCAUCAUAUAAUGCCGCUAUGGAGAAUAACUAUAUGAUGCCUGUCAACAACCAGAACAAUCUAGUGAAUCAACCAACACAAAGAGAAGCACAAUCACUCAAUAAUUUAAGGGACGCGCACUUUGCUGGGUAUAAGAUUGAAGACCAUCUGUCAAUGGAAAAUAUACAUAUUUCUAGAUGGGCGGAAAAGACGGAAGAUAAUAAUUUGUCCUAUGAUCAGAACCAAAUGGUUUUGAAUUAUGAUAAACCUUACUUCAGCGUACAGGUACCAUUCGAAGUAACACCUCCAAUGUCAGAUACGACGGGAAUGACGAAUUCUAAGGAUUGUGACAGGAGUCCCCGAUCCAUUUCAAGCCCAAAGGUAUCCACUAAUCCGAACAAUCCAAAAAGAGCUCGUACUGCGUACACCUCUUCGCAGCUUGUAGAAUUAGAAAAAGAAUUUAACAGUAACAAGUAUCUUUGUCGUCCCCGAAGAAUACAUCUUGCAACACUCCUCAAUCUCAGUGAGAGACAAAUAAAAAUUUGGUUCCAGAACCGACGGAUGAAGCAUAAGAAAGACCAGAAAAAUAAACCAGGUUCGUCGGAUCAAAGAAGUUCAGCUUGUUCUUCACACCACUCUAGCUCUAACAAGAUGCGAGGAAUAAAAACCGAAGACUCGGUUAUAGAAGAUAGGUCGAUCAACCCUCCUGUGCAGAAUCAGUAUAUACCACAAACUUUGCCGAACUAUAGCACUCCCCAGUACUGUGACCAGUGGGAUCGAGACAGAUCAAACUGCUCUAGCCACUAUGUGGCAAACUAUGGUUCUAAUAUGUAUGUUGAACCACCAUCAGAAAGUUCAUAUUACAGCAACAUGAAUUAUUAUCCAGUUGGAGGUUAUGAACCAUAUCCUGAUGAUCCUAAACCCUCGUACCAAGCUUUGUAA